AUGCCCUCCCAAAACCCACAGGCUGAUUCUGAUGCAAAGCACACCGGUGAGCGCUGCAGAAAUCGGAGCAGCGAGCUGUAUAUAGCAAGCUUCAAAUGGGUAGAGAUGGUUGACAUGUGUGCCCUGUUCUGCACGCAGCUAUCGCCCUCUUCAUCGAUGACGCGGCGAGGCCGCCUGAAAUUUCUCGUGACCAGUCGACCAUAUGACGAUAUCCAGGCCGAGUUCCAGAAGACUCGCAAUGAUCUCCCUACGAUUCGAUUGCGAGGUGAAGACGAAAAUGACCAGAUCCACGAGGAGAUCGAUAUGGUCAUCCGCAUGCGGGUACCCAAACUCGCACUAGACUUCCAAUUAAAUGGUCAAACAAAGGACUAG